GGGGCGGAGCGGUGCCCGCCCGCCGCUGCCGAGAGGCGUCUCCGCUCGCCUGGGUGCGCCCAGCGGCUCCCAGCGCUUCCCAGCGCCAGGUAUAAGCAUACAUGGCUCCUGGUGAAUCAAAUGAGAAGAAAACUGAUGAUGAGCAGUCUUUAAAAGAGAAUUUUAUCCAUCUCUGCAACCCUCACCUGGAGAAAAUGAAAGAAGACAUCCUGUACCAUUUUGCUCUUGGGACUGGUACCCAUGAUUUUCCGGCAUUGUUUGGAGAUGUAAAGUUUGUAUGUGUUGGAGGAAGCCCUUCACGGAUGAAAGCUUUUAUUGCCUACAUAGCUGAAGAACUGGGGCUUGGAAGCCCUGGUGGUGACUAUCCUAACAUCUGUGCGGGAACUGACCGUUAUGCAAUGUACAAAGUGGGACCUGUUUUGUCAGUCAGUCAUGGUAUGGGCAUUCCUUCUAUUUCAAUCAUGUUGCACGAGCUGAUCAAACUGUUGUAUCAUGCCAAGUGUUCCAACAUAACCAUUAUUCGCAUUGGCACCUCUGGUGGAAUAGGUCUGGAACCAGGCUCAGUGGUUAUAACUAGGCAGUCUGUAGAUGCCACCUUCAAACCUCAAUUUGAACAGGUUGUUCUGGGAAAGACCAUAAUUCGCAGUACAAACCUAGAUGAACAGCUAGCUAAGGAACUGAUGCAGUGCAGUAAAGAAAUCAGUCAAUUCAAUACAGUAAUUGGAAACACGAUGUGCACUUUAGAUUUCUAUGAAGGACAGGGCAGGUUGGAUGGUGCAAUCUGCCUAUAUAAUGAAGAAGAGAAACUACGAUAUUUGAAGGAAGCUUAUGAUUCUGGUGUGAGAAAUAUAGAGAUGGAGUCUUCUGUAUUUGCUGCAAUGUGCAAUCUCAGCGGUCUCAAAGCUGCCGUUGUGUGUGUCACUCUUCUGAAUCGGCUUGAAGGAGAUCAGAUUAGUAGCUCACAUGAUGUGCUGGUGGAGUAUCAGCAGAGACCGCAGAAGUUAGUGGGAUAUUUCAUUAAGAAAAGUCUUGGGAAAGUAUGAGAUAUCCAUCUCUGUUUUACAGAAGCAAAAGGUUUUUACACAGCUGAAGUCAUGGUGACGACUUCAGUGCAUUAAAGGUCUUUUACUUCAGAAAGCUUACGGCAUUCUGUGUGUCUGUGGAAGUUAAUCAUUUACGUCACUGUGCUUUGAGAACUGAAUGUGCUGAAUGGACUUCAGUUAAGUUUUGCUUAGUUAUGCACUGCUGAAUAUGAGACCCACUUCUCUGUAACUUGGAAAGGGGGUGUGUUGUGAAGGACGUGUCUACUAUAUUAUAUGAAAAAGCUUUAUUUAUCGCUGCUGUAAAAGAAAAACUAUAGGAAGAAAAUCAAACUUUAUUGACAAGUACUUGCAAACCACAAAAUUAAAAUUAACUUAAGAAUGCUGAUGUCUUUCUCAUUGUUUUUAAAAAAUUAUAUAAAUUAGAAUUGUCUUUGUUGCUUUACUUGUAAGGAAAACUUAAGGUGAAUGCAGUUUAUUUUUUUGCAGACUUUGACAAAUAAACAAUACUAUUUUCAUAUAUUAAAAUUCCACAAAAUUGCAAAGUGUGAGACUGGAUUUUCUAAACAUUAAUAAGAAUUGACACUGAGCUGUUGAAUAUCUGUACUUCCUAGAUAUUGAUCCAACAACAAGGCCUUUCAUAUCCCAUUUUCGCUGUACGAUUGAAUCAAUACCCAGGAAACAUUUAUGUAUUAAGUAAUUUUGCAUUGAAGAUCUUGAAAUCUUUUGCUGAAUCAAGGCCUCUGCUUAACGAAGUGGAACCAGGGGCAGUCAUGAGGUGCACAGCAUAGUCACAGGACUGCAUUAUGGUAGUUCUUUUUUUUUCUUUACUUUCCUUCUUUUUAAAUUGGUUUUCAUCUCCUUGUCUAAUCCAGUUGUAGUGGUUCCCAGUUCUGAAGAACUGGAGAAUGCCUAUUGACUGUGCCUGACAUCAAAACAAUUUCUGCAUUUUUUUUCUAUUACCAUUGGCCUAGUCCUUUUUAAAAUCAUACUCCUUGCUGCUUUGCUGCUGUGGUUGGAAUAUAAAUAUGUGCUACGCCAAGGAAAAAUACGUUUAUGUCUCUUUCUACUGCAGUCAAUAGCCCAGUCCUAGCAGGAGACACAGGUCAGAAGGGUCUGAAUGGACUCUUAAAACAACUGUCACUCAUCCAGCUAAAUGAGGUUUUCUUUUCAAGGAUUGUGGUUGGCAGCAGUCUGUUAACAAGCAUACAAGUUAGACCUGAGAGGGUAGUAGUAAGCACAUGCAUCAGGAUGUGGCAGAAACUGGAAGCAAUGUGAAGAAAACACUGAAAAAGGAAGGGGUGGCUCUUGUGAAUGGGAAAUUGCCAAUGAGGGUUAAUCUUCUCAAAUUUGAUGAAUUUCCAACUGGAAAACAGAUAAAAAGAUAAUAAAAUUUUUGGAUUUUUAAGAUUUACUUAUUUAGUCUUCCUUUAAAUUUAAAAACAGAUUUUCUCAUUUAUGCUUGGGAUACAUAAUGAAUGUAAGUUGUCAGAGAAAAUAUUUCUUUCUCCUAAGCUCCACAUUCUAUUUGAACUAUUCCUCUCUUAUUUAAAUAAGAAAAAACAAACAAAAAUACCCAACCCAUAAUAAAAAAAAAAUCUGGGCUUAACUCUGCCUACUGCUUGCCUGGACGUUGCACAAAGCCUUGUGAGGUCCCUUGGGAAAUGUUCGUCAAAGCAUAUCCUUGCUCUGCAACCUCCUGUAUCAGCAGCAAGGAGAUGAAAAGAAGAUUGGUUAAGAAGCAAUGUGUUGCACUCUAGGCUGAAGAAAAGUUCAUACUGAGUUGACGAGUAUGGUUUUGGAGGAGGGAGUUUGCUGUUGUGGAAGAAAUACUUAGCUAUGAAUUACUGAAAAAGAAGAAAAAACUUUAUUAAGAAAACAAAGAAACACUUAAUGUGGCACUGUAAAGUUUUGGGGAAGUGUAUUACUACACAUCCUGGAUGUAUGAAUCUGAAUUGGAGUGAUUUGUCUUUUUAAAGGAAGGGCAGCAAGAAUCUGAAAACUGGGUAAAAAGAAAAAGUUCUUAAAUAAUUAAGUGUGAACUAUCAAUUGAAAUUACAAAGCUUUUAUAUUUACAGUCAUAUGAAGUAAGCACAUCUAUUUUGUUAACUAAUAUGAAAGUUAAAUAAAAUUCACUUUUUGCUGAUACAUUCUGUCCCCUCCCUGCUGUUCCUUAAGACAUUGUACUUUCUGCUAAAGUACUUUUCUUCAGUGCUUUCUAAUAGAUGGAGUAAAGGGAUGUAUGAUAACUCAAAAUUAGAAUUCAAAGGAGAACAGAUAUCCUGCUCUUUUCCACUCGUUAACAUCCUGUAAUGCUGUAUUCCUAAUGCAAGAGGGUGCUCUAUCAACAGAUCUUAUGUGCAAGAAGAUUCUUUUCUUAGCUCCAGAGGAAGCUGGCCAGAAUGGAACCUGAUAAAAACAAUUGUAUUUUCCGUUGUGACUGUAUCUGUCACAGAGAGAUAAGAGAAUGACUCAGCUGUGUGCAUCCGGCAGUGAAGUUACCUUCCUGUAGAUUUUACAAAGAUGUCCAUUAAGAAUUAUAAUUGUCAGGCUUUUACAGGCAAAUCAAACCUUUAAUAUUGGGCAUUCAUGUUAUCUCUGUUUUUUAUAGAAAAACAGGAGACACAUACUGCUGAACAUGGAUCGUGAUUUGGAGUGGUGAUGUCUUUAAUGGCGUAUAUGAUAUUACAUAUAUGGUUGAUAUUGCAUAAUGCAGUGUCUUAUGGUAGAUCUACAAAUCCUGCAAACCCUAGAAACCUCAAUUUCUAAUCAAAGUCUCCCUUCUGUUUUCUGUGCCACUCUGCACCUAGCAAUACACAACAGAGUCAGUUUAGUCCAAAGAUCAGAAGGGAUAAAAGCAAAGAAAGUCCUUUAGUGACAGGACUAGGUAGUCCUAGUCCUAGGUAGUGAUAGGACUAGGGGCAAUGGCUAUAAACUGGAGAGGGGCAGAUUUAGACUAGACAUCAGGAGGAAUUUCUUCACAGGAUGGUGGGGCACUGGCGCAGGUUGCCCAAGGAAUAUGUGGCUGCCCCAUCCCUAGAGGUGCUCAAGGCCAGGUUGGAUGGGGCCUUUGGCAGCCUGGUCUGAUGGGGGGUGUCCCUGACCAUCACAGAGGGCUUGGAACUGGAUGAUCUUUAAGGUCCCUUCCAACCUGAGCUGUUCUAUGAUUCCGUGAUACAAAUAGGACGGAAAUAUGAAGGGAGAAAACAGUAGUUUCUACCAAGGGUUUAUUCUGUGAUUCAUGGUGUUCUGGCCUGUUAACCAUUUGGUUAAAGAAAUGGUUGACAUCACUAAGGUAGGCUAGAAAACUGGUGUUUCACAUUGGCAAGAGACUGAGAAUGUGCAGGAACUUGAUUGAUGACUUGAAGAAAAGGUUUUUUUAUUUUCGGCUUCUUGAUGUGCUUCAGAGGAAGAUAUGAGAAAUCCUGAAAAGGAACUGUUUUGAAUGACCUAUUGCCAAAAGUGCUUACAGUAUUAAUGUUUUAUCAGU